AUGCAGCAACAGCAGCAACAAUCCCAGCCGUCACAAUUUCUCUCCCUUUAUGACCGAAGCCCUCAACCACGCCCUUCGCCGGCAAAUUCGACCAUGGCUUCCAUUUGGGCGCCGCAACCUCAGCCCAGCGAAGUUACAUGGCCACGUGCUAUAGAGGCGUUCGCUCGUUGCGUGCCCCAGUCAAGAGAGGACACCAUGGGGAACGUCGAAGCCUUAGGUCCUGCCCGAAACGCUAGUGGCUUUAUUGGAGGUGGACCCGCAACCCCAGAUCUACGUGCUGACAGUCAUGUCGAGCAACUUCUUCGGACACUGAAUCUUAAUUCUCCCGAGCUUCAACCUCCAGUCGUAGCCAGCUCUUCUCCAAAGAGCGUGGCUUCCGCAGAGAGCAAUCGCAGUCGUGGUGGCCGCGGGAGACCCAUACCUACACCACUUGACCUAAGCUUUGGGUCCAACUCCUCGAAGUCAACAUCUAAUACCUCGGCAUCCAUUUCGAUGACAAGCGGCUCUAUGACCACAUCUACCGAAAACUCCUCCCUUCUAUCAGUUUCGCACUCAAUCGAAUCAGUUCAUCAGCAGCAAGAUGGCAUAUUCGCGCCGACAACCACUACAGCUGUUGCGUCGUGCCCAGACUCGCCAGAUACCGACUUUUCUCCUCUUUCAUUUUCAUCCGCUCUUCUCACUCCUCUCGACUCUCCUCAUUCGCACUCUCCCAUUCAUGGUGUUACUGCAUUCCACUCUCCCAUCCGCGCUGCCCAUUUGCACAGUCAUGGACUACCUCUUCAUUCCCCUACCCAGUCUUUCCAGCAUUCACCCGCUCAAUCCAUCCCAGGGUCGCCCCACCAUUCCCCCAACCAGCUGUUUGGUUUGGGAUAUGCAAAAGAGCAGCAGCGAUUUGCGUAUGGCGGCUAUCGUGACGCGUUCAACUCCGAGCCGCCUUCUCCGUACGGUUCCGGAGUCAGCACUGCUGGUUUUAGCCCUGGAGCCUUGACACAUCCGUCGUACAGCAGCCGAUUCCUUCCUCUUCCUCCAACACCGCCCGGGGCCCCUAUCAUCCCACAGACUCCAAUUCUCGAGAACACAAUCCCCGCUAACAAGAGCGCUCUUUUUGCCGCCGACUUCGGGUCCUAUUACCCGCAAGCUCUUUCUUCUGGUGGUGAUGGUGCAGAGCAUUGGAUUCGUGGCGAGGUAGUGGAGCGUAUUGGCAACAAUACAAAUGCAAACUCUGCUGGUAGAAUGGGACUCGGCGGACUGGGUCUUGGGCUCGGAGUUGGAUUUGCACAAGGCCAGCCAGUGAGGAAUUUACGGCCUUCGGCACCUGUUCGCUCUGGAUUUGUGGUUCCCUCCAGCCCCGGCAGUGCGAACUUUGGUCAGGAUGGGUUUAAUGUGGGACAUGGACUGGGCGCAGAUGAUCUUCAUGCCCUACGUGGGUCGCUCGUUUAUCAGCAGCAACAGCUCGCGCAACAACAGCAACAAGUUCAGCAACUACUUCUCCACCAACAGCAGCAGUCGAAUCUCGCUCAGCAACAGCAACAGGAUGUCCCAACGCCCGUCAACGGGACCAUUUUGAAAACGACUGAUAAUGGAUUCGAGGGGCAUGGGCGGCGCAGUUCUGACACAUUGUCCUCUACUUCUGGGCAUUCUCCUAGUGGUGGUGGAUAUGGUAGUGGGCGGGAAGGUCGCAAUGGUACCAGCUCAAACGAACCCAUCAACUUCCUUUCUCUCCUACACCCGUCCUCUUCUCCUCCAUAUGCGACUUUUGUUUCUCGGAUCAUCAAGAAUGCCGACCAGCAGGCGAGCAUCUUUUUGCAGCAAAAACUCAAGGUCGCCGGUGCCGAAGAAAGAAGUCGUAUUCUUGAUGCUAUAUGUGCUCGUGGCGCAGAAAUGAUGAUGCAUCGUUUUGGUAAUUGGGCGGUGCAGCGCUGUCUUGAAGCUGCCACGACCCCCGAAGAAAGACGCAAAAUUGUCGCCUGUCUUCGUGGUCGUGUCGUUGACCUCGCGACUAAUUGUUAUGGUUGCCAUGUCCUGCAAAAGGCCCUUGACUGUGAGGAGGAAGAAGUUCGUCUGCUCAUUGUGUCAGAGCUGCUUAUGGGGGAUCCAGCGCAAACGCUCGUGAACAAACACGCGUCGCAUGUGUGGAGUAAGAUUAUGGAGCUUUCGUGGACUUCCCCUGCCCCACCUAUCUUUGCAUAUGUCAAUAAAUCUUUGAAGGGGAAGUGGGCGGCUCUUGCCUGCCAUGAGACUGGCUCGCUUGUUGUCCAGCAUGCGUUCGAGAAUUUGGAGGAUAGCGCCAAGGAGGGCAUUGUCGAUGAACUGCUUGGUCAAGGUCCCGCUGUUUUUGGCGAAGUCGCCAAAAGCCAGUGGGGCUCGUAUUGUAUCCAGCAUAUCCUCGAGCACGGUUCCGAAAAGCAUCGCCAGAUGGCGCUUGACCAUCUUCUUGCUGGUCUCCUCGAGUUUGCAUCGAACGAGCAGGGCAACAAGAGUGUGGUUAAAGCACUCAAGGAAGGAGGCAAGGACACGCUUGACAAGGUCGUUAAGCGGAUGUGCGAGCCGGCCAAAGGCGCUCGUCGGGCUAUGAUUGUCGACCUCGCCUUAUCGCUCACUGGUAGCCAGCUGAUCGCAAGUGUUCUUCCCAAUGCCGACAAAGACCAACGGGCUGCCUUGUACGAUUGCAUUCGUGGACAUAUUGUUACUUUGCGUGGCUGCAAGACGGGCUCCAAAGUUAUCUGGCUCUUCGAUCGUAUGACCGCUUCCCCUUUUCUUCGCAUUCUAAGCUUAUCCGACCUCGAUAUCAUCGUCAAUCUUUCUCCACAUCGCAUUGCAUUCGAUACGACCCAUCAUUCUCCCCAUCAAGCACCAAAGCACGCAUCUCAGUCUCCGGAGUUUUACCAGCAAGCCGAUCCUGCCUCUCAUAUCAUGAAAUUAAAAAAGACGCUUCGCAUAUAA